UUAAGAUACAUACAACAAACUUAACACAAGUGUGUAGGAAUUUUCAAUGUACACAUAAAUAACUGCACAAUUCAAGAUUGGCAUUUAAACAAUUGAAAGAACAUACCAAGUUUAAGAAAACGCAGAUGCUCUUCGCUCGAAACGUUUAUUUAUAGCUAAAUAAAAAUAUACAACAAGAUGACAAGAUCUGCGGUAUUUUUGCCAUCACUUUGGCUAAUUUCAAUUUCAAUAAUUUUUAUUGUGCCAUAUACGCAUUCGACACAGUCAGGGAUUUACAUAGAUAAUGGUAAGGAUCAGACCGUCAUGGAACGUGUGCUCAACGACGACGACAAAUUGGAUGUAUCAUAUGAGAUACUGGAAUUCUUGGGCAUUGCCGAUCGUCCAAUGCAUCACAAAAAUCAUGGAUUAUCACUGCGAAAAUCGGCGCCGAAAUUUCUGCUCGACGUCUAUCAUCGCAUUACGGCAGAGGAAGGACUUUCCAAUGAUAAUGAUCGCGAUAAUGAUCGCGAUAAUGAUCACAAACGGACCAAACGUGAUGCAGAUGAAAACGACAACGACAAUGAAAACGGAAACGAACAGAAUUUCAUUACAGAUCUGGACAAGCGUGCGAUAGAUGAGAGCGACAUCAUCAUGACGUUCCUCAACAAACGUAAUCACAAUGUGGAGGAAAUGCGUCACGAACAUGGUCGGAGAUUAUGGUUCGAUGUGUCUAACAUUCCCAAUGACAACUAUCUAAUGAUGGCUGAGCUGCGUAUCUAUCAGAACUCCAAUGAGGGCAAAUGGUUGACAACCAACAAACAAUUCACCGUGACAGUCUAUGCAAUUAGCUCGUCAGGAUCGGCCCAGAAUACAAUGGAACCAUUAUCGUCGGUCAAUACCACGGGUGACUAUGUCGGCUGGCUGGAACUCAAUGUUACAGAAGCGUUGCAUGAUUGGCUAAUAAAUGCAAGAGAAAAUCAUGGCAUUUAUAUUGGUGCACAUGCUCUGAACAAGCCAGAUAGGGAAAUCAAACUGGACGACAUUGGACUGACACAUCGUCGUGUCAAGGCGGAUGAUGAGUAUCAGCCCUUUAUGAUUGGUUUCUUUAGAGGACCGGAGCUCAUUAAAUCCACAUCGCACAGUUCGCAGAAGAGGACAAAACGCAGCACUUUACAUCAGCGCAAGAAGAAGAAGUCGGCGCCUUAUCAUCCAUUUUUUGACAACUCACCCUCAGAAAAUACCCGAAGCUGUCAAAUGCAAACACUUUACAUUGAUUUCAAAGAUUUGGGCUGGCACGACUGGAUCAUCGCUCCAGAGGGUUAUGGCGCCUUCUAUUGCAGCGGAGAAUGCAAUUUUCCACUUAACGCACAUAUGAAUGCCACCAAUCACGCCAUUGUCCAAACACUUGUGCAUCUCCUGGAACCCAAAAAGGUGCCCAAACCAUGCUGUGCUCCAACGCGAUUAGGCGCUCUGCCAGUCCUAUAUCAUCUCAACGACGAGAAUGUCAACUUGAAAAAGUAUCGAAAUAUGAUUGUCAAAUCCUGCGGGUGCCAUUAAUAAACAUAAACAUAUGCAUAUAUUUUCUUUAUAUGUAAUAUCAUAGUCUCAUAAUUAUUAAUACAUAAUCUAUGUGUGUACCAUGUCAUUUUCUGUAAUAAUGUCGAAUAUUUUCUGUAGUAAUAAACCAAAAGUAUUGUACGUCUUGCAA